AUGGAUAUGGAAAUAACAGAAUCUACCAGCAUUGAAAAUAACGAAGAAAAAAGUAAACCUACAGAUAGCCAAAUAUACACUGAUUCACCAGAGUCACGGAGUGAAAGUAGCGUGGAUAGUAGCCAGAUUAUCGAUCAUCUUAUUCAAAUGGGUGUAAAGGUAAAUAAAAAGGAUAAGACUGGACGUACUGCUCUGCACUAUACAGCUUUAAGAGGCAAUACUGAGGCGACACUUCAACUUAUUGAAAACAAUGCAAAUGCAGAGCUGUUGGUAGAUGCUGGUGCGGAUGGUACCGAGGUGAAUUCUUUAGAAGGGGCUCCGUUACACGAAGCUUCCAUAUAUGGCCAUUUGAAUGGAGUUGUAGAGGCACUUCUCAACAGUCCAUUUUGGAAUGAUAUCUUGCAGAAAGUCACGAUUUCAAAGUAUGGAUAUAUGGAAACGCCUAUUCGUAGAAUGAUUCGUCUAAUGCCUGGUGCUGCAGCAUUGGUAUUCAAUAAAUGUGUGAUAAGAAAUGGCAUUCCACAAACACACACAAAACAUACAAUAACAUUCAACUAUGAAUUUCUUGAGGAUGAAAAUCAAAGCUGGGUUGUCAACACACUGAAGCUUAUUGAGAAUAACACAUGCAAAAGACAGGAGGAAAAUUCAUUCACAAGACUGGUGCCAAGAAAAAAGAAAAAAGUCAACACAAUGGGUCAUCCAUUGGACUUAAUGGUGAGCACUACUACGGUGAUCUAA